GCGGACGGACGUUAUCAAAAUGGCCCUGACAGUGACCGGUUUGGCAGCUGUACGUGCAGAUAGGCACCUUCGGCGGGAAUGCCGCAUGCUGGCUGGGAUGAUACGUAGGGUUCCCUUUGAAGCCUUGUCCUGUUGGUGGAAUAGUCCGCCGAGGGGAUGGUUCCAAUGAAUUAGUCCCCCCUUCCAGCCCACCUCUUGUUCACGCUUGAGAUGCGGGAGAAUGGUCAGGUCCACCCGUGACCCCAGGGAAGGGGUUAGACAGCUAGGUACCUUGCAUGGUUGAGGUGGUGAUUGGGACCUUGAAAAGUGUCCGUUUAGCGAUGGCCUCGCUUUGUCGUGGGCCAGGGGAGGGAGAGGGGAACUCAGACUCUGACAAAGGGCGAGGUGUAAGAAAAGGGGCAGAUAGACAACAGGAGCGUAGAAAUGCAGGAGCCGUUGACGCCAAGGCUGGACCUCGAACUCAAUUGUCCAACCUGAAGUAGGGUACUGAAUGCCGGGACAUGAUAUCGGGAGGGCUGAGUCGGUUUCGACACAAUGGAGACUUAGAAUGGAUGACAGAUUCCCGUGCUUGUGGUCCCUGGGAGUCUUAGUAUGGUCCAUUGAAGAUGGGCCAAGGUCUGUGCUAAGCAUCACCAUUCACCGAGCCAUUGCUGUGUAGCAAUAGCAGACUGGGAGUUUCCUUCUGUUCUGUGCGUGUCCGCCGCGUCCCACCGGUCGUGCCUGGCCCUGAAUGCAAGUGAUGGUUCCUGCGUUCCUGCGCCGGCGGCGAUGGCGGCGCGGUCGGAUGUUGUGGUGGGAAGGAGAGGCUCAAUAUGCGGCCCGGGCACGUUGUUUGUUUGGG